AUGUCGCAGGAGGGCGCGUCCGCUCUCGCGCCCGCCUCGGCGUCGAAGGCCGAGAAACACGCGAGACCUCCCGCCGGCACAUCCCUUGCCAACCCACGCAGCUGUGCUAUUUGUAGGAGCCGAAAGGUCCGCUGCGACAAGCAGUCACCAUGCUCGAACUGUCGUCGCGCAAAUAUCGCCUGUGUCCGCCCGAGCAUUGAUCAGGCUCCACGAUGGGCCCGUCGUAUGCAGCGAGGUCCAUCCGGCGACGUCAUGGACAGGCUGAGGACCCUUGAACAUCUUGUCAAAGACUUGAGCAGUCGGCUUGAACAGGCGAAUGCGGCUAUUUCGGCGGCUGGAGGCUCAUCUGGUGUGAAUUCGCCUGGCAGCCUCACGCACGGGACAGAGACCGGGUCUCAAGAUGCAUCAUCCUCGGCAGAUAGGAGGAUGCAAACACAGUUUGGGAGACUGGUUGUUGGAGAUGCAACUCGUAGUCGAUAUGUCGGCAGUGGGUUCUGGUCGCGGGUGAAUGAUGAGCUCGACGAGCUCAAAAUGGAUACGCAAGACCCAGCAUAUGAAGAAUACGACACUACAGACGAUGGGUUCUCAUAUGAGCGGAUUCCGUCCACUCAAGAGCUCGAAAGAAGCCCUAUGGAGCGACAUUCGUUUUUAUUCCGCCACAAUCUGAGCUCGCCCACUCCUGAUUUGAGAGAAUUCCAUCCAUUGCCAUCCCAGAUUCCCUUUUUGUUGGAUGUGUUCUCAGAAAAUGUGAAUUCGGUCACACAGACUAUCCAUCUCCCCACCGUCACUCAGAUGGUUCGCGAUUUGCGAGGAGACAUGACUCGCCUGACGCCAGCCAAUGAAGCCUUAAUGUUUUCGAUAUACUAUGCCACAAUUACCUCUAUGGAAGACGAUGACAUUGCCAUGAACUUUGGGUCUACGAAACAGGAACUUAAUUUGAAGUACCGUCUUGGCCUCGAACUCGCUCUAGCAAAAGCCGAUUUUCUCAAUGUGCCGGACCUUGUUCUCAUACAAGCAUUUGUCAACUUCCUGGUCCUGCUUCGCCGUCAUGAUAGUCCGCGAUUCGUGUGGAUGAUGACAGGCCUAGCAAUUCGGAUGGGGAUUGCUCUAGGACUACACCGGGACGGGUCGAAAUUCCCAAAUCUGAGCCUAUACGACAUUGAAAUGCGACGGAGAGUGUGGUGGGGAAUAUGCAUGCUCGACCAGCGCGCGUCAGAAGAUCAAGGAACCGAGUUCACAAUCCAGGAAGGGAGCUUCGAUACGAAAAUGCCUUUGAACAUCAACAAUGCCGACAUUGGGCCGAACAUGAAAGAGAUGCCCAUUGAGCGCGAAGGAUUGACGGAUAUGUCUCUCCCACGUCUCCAUGUCCGAACAAUCAUGAUCGGGCGUCAGUUGAUGGCACAAAGUGCCCGGGGAGCGAGUAUCGAGGAACAAAACCAACUCCUUCAAGAGAUCUACCUAAGUACCGAAGAAUUCUACCUGCAACACUCCGCCGAGUCGAAAAUUGCUCACUGGGUCAUUCUCACCAUCACACGACUAGUCAUGGCCAAGAUGACGCUGCUAAUCCACCUUCCACUUCUAUUCACUUCGCCGAGUGAGCAGCUUACAGCAGACCUUAGAACCAGGCUUCUCGUCUCGGCAAUUGAAGUCGCGGAAUACAACCAUGCACUCAACGCCGAACAAGCCUGUCGUCAUUGGCGCUGGAUUUACCAAACAUACACACAUUGGCAUGCGAUCGUUUAUAUUUUAAUCGAGAUCUGCCGGCAAUCCUGGUCCCUGGAACGGGCGUGGGUGGCUCUGCACAGCGUGUGGCUGAUUCCAAACCAGUCGCACAUGGACAAGAAUGCACGAUUUUGCUUUCCAUUGCAGAAAUUGAUGGCCAAUGCCCGGAAGCACCGCCAAAGCGAGCUUAUCCGACUGAGAAGCGAUUCGGAGGCAGUCUCGGACCUUGAAAGGGAGCAUACAAAGAUGCCCAUCCCCUCAAGUCCGGAGUUGGCUUCCAACGGGUUGACCUCGACACUUGAGCGAUGGCGCCAGCUUUUAGUAACGAACGUGAAUGAUGGAGGAAGUGCUGCUGUGUCUGACGCCCAGUUAUCUGUGCAGGGAUAUCCCGGCUCGAGCUCCGCCCUCGCUUCUGUCCCUCUUUACCCAACCGCCGACUCAGAAUCGUUGAAUCCAGUUUUCAAAGGACCGGGUUUGGCAGCAACCAAUCCCGAUGAAUCCGCAUGUAUACAGACCGUAGAACAGCCAUCCGAUGUCCUUCCCGUCGUUCCAGCAUACCGGUCAGACGGACAACCUGUUGGUCCUACGGUCAUCCCCUGGAUCUGGGCUAGUGACGCUUCUCCAAACAUGAACCUGGAUCCAAAUGAUAUCAAUAUGGAUUUUGAUGCCGAUGUCGAUUGGUAUGAAUGGGUUGCUUCUGCGAAGAAUAUGGAGCUUUAUGGAAACCAAGAGGGAUUCCAAUGA